AUGAGACUAGUGUUGUUGCUGUCGCUGCUUCUCGUGGCACUCCCUGCACUCCCUUCUUUGAGGGGUGUUCUCCCUCUCUUCUUGAGCCAUCUGUUGCCUCUGCUGCUAUUGUUUACUUCCUUCAUGCUGAAAUGGUUGGUACAGCGUCUUCUCCUAGUAGGAGGCACCGCAGCGGCAAGGGAAAGAGGGGCAAGGGCGGUUGAGGUGGCGGUGGUGGAGGUGGCGGCGAUGGAGGUGGUGGUGGCGGCGGUGGUGGUGGUAGUGGCGGCGGUGGCGGUGGUGGUGGCGGUGGUGGCGGUGGUGGGCGCGAUGGUGGUGGCGGUGGAGGCGGUGGUGGCGGCGGUGGCGGUGGUGGCGGCAGUAGCGGUACUGAGGGGGGCAACGUUGCUGCUGACGACACAGCGACUACUCACCAUUCACCUCGCUUGGACACCCCUCCGAGUUUCCCGCCUCGAUCGUCUUCACCGCCUUUGGAGCCUGUCGAGUCACCCUGGUGCUGCUGUGGGUGGUGACUCUAGGGAUGUGGACGCUGCAGGCGACGCCUCUGGCGCUGCUUGUUCUGGGGGUGCUGAGUCUGGGGGUGCUGGGCCUGGGGGUGCUGAGCAUUCUAAUGCCGGUGGGGUCUGCCGCUCGCGUACUGGUACUGGAGGUGCUGGUGCUGGAGGAGCUGGUGCUAGAGGCGCUGGUGCUGGAGGCGUUGGUGCUAAAGGCGCUGGAGCUGGUGGUACUCAUGUUGGAGGUGCUGGUGCAAGGGGUACUGGUGCUGGAAGUGCUGUGCUGGAGGCGCUGGUGCUAGAGGCAUUGGUGCUAGAGGUACUGGUGCUAGAGGUACUGGUGCUGGAGGUGCUGGUGCUGGAGGCGCUGGAGCUGGAGGUUCUGGAGCUACUGGAGGCGCUGGUACUGGAGGCGCUGGUGCUGGUGGCGCUGGUACUGGAGGUACUGGUGCUGGGGGUACUGGUGCUGGAGGUGCUAGUGCUGGAGGCGCUGGAGCUGGAGGUACUGGUGUUGGAGGCACUCGAGCUGAAGGUCCUGGAGCUACUGGAGCUGUAG